AUGGCUCUAUUGAAACUAUCAAUCAUGUUAUGUACGAUGUUAUUUAGUCUUUCCCUUUCAGGGGCUGCUUCUCCCAAAAACAUAUUUAUUCUCGCUGGCCAGAGCAACAUGGCUGGUCGAGGUGGGGUUGAGAAAGAUCAAUCAGGAAACCUCGUGUGGGAUAGGUUAGUCCCACCAGAAUGUGAACCUCAACCAUCAAUCCUACGAUUGAACCCUGAGCGCGAAUGGGAGACAGCACGUGAGCCUCUGCAUGUGGGGAUUGACAUUAAUAGGACAGCUGGGAUUGGUCCAGGUAUGCCAUUUGCUCACCACCUACUGGCCAAAGCUGGACCAAAUGCUGGCGUUGUGGGUUUAGUCCCUUGUGCUAGAGGUGGCACUUUAAUUGAGCAAUGGAUUAAAAAUCCUAGCAAUCCUAAUGCAACAUUUUAUAAAAAUUUUAUUGAAAGAAUCAAAGCAUCAGAUAAAGAUGGUGGGGUUGUGCGUGCUCUUUUUUGGUUUCAAGGAGAAAGUGAUGCAGCCAUGAGUGACACUGCUCAUAGAUACAAGGACAACCUAAAACAAUUCUUCACUGACAUUCGUAAUGACAUAAAGCCUAGAUUUUUGCCCAUCAUUUUAGCUAAAAUAGCCGUCUAUGAUCCUUUUAUGAAGCAUGAUACUCAUGAUUUGGCAGCAGUAAGGGCAGCACAAGAAGAAGUUAGCAAGGAACUACCAGAUAUUUUGACCAUUGAUGCUUUGCAAUUACCUAUAAACUUCACAACAAAUGCAGGCUUUAACCUAGAUCAUGCACACUUUAAUACCAACACUGAGAUUGUUGUGGGUAAAUGGUUUGCUGAUACCUACCUCUCGCACUAUGGUCAUUUACUUUAA